GUAAAAGAGCUUUUCAUCUCCAGCUUACAGGUAGUAAUUGGCCUUAAUUACUGCUCUAAUGCCAGGCCUGUUAUAUAAACGAUCCUAUUUUGACGUGUGUUCACAGUGCAGGCUGAUGCAGAAGAGACACGGACUUCUUUAACAUAUCUGGGAAGUUUUUUUUUUUUCUCAGAGCUACGUUCAGUGCGACCCUCUUCGCCAUGUGGACACUUGCUGUUUUUGCGCUGGGCCUCACCUCAGCUGUUCUCUGCUUGGACUCCAAUGAGAUUCGCUCCUCCAGAGAGAUGAUUACGGACUCUGAGCCGACAGUGAUGGUGUCAGAGAAGGUUACAGUAAACGUGAGCGUUCAUAACAACGUGAGACAACGACAGCAAAACCGCGAAUGCACUAAUCAGCAGGAAAAUGGAUGCCAGGGCUCAAAGAAGAGACCGGGUCAUAAAAGGGCUGAAAAAGCCACAGGGGCCAAGAGACGGAAGUGUGUGCGGUCACGUGACUGCGGAGAAGGCUGGUGCUGCCUUCAAUACCCCGGUGGGCGACGGUGCCAGAGGGUUCUUCAGGAAGGAGAGAUGUGCCUUUUAGGAGGGCGACCCAAACCCACAUCCCGCAGACGGUUGGCCCGCUGCGGCUGCACUGCAGGUCUGAACUGCCUCCCGAAGCCUGGUAGCCUGAAGGGACAAGGAGAGUGCAGCGUUGACGAAAACCAGUGAGACAUAUAUGCAUAUAUAUAUAUAUAUAUAUAUAUAUAUAUAUAUAUAUAUAUAUAUAUAUAUAUAACACAGUGCAUGUUGAACACUUGGCCAAUUAUUUUUGAAAGAAAGCAGUGUGGAUUCAUCUUUACUGGCCAAGAUAUCCCACAAUCCUUUGCGGCACACCAUGUCAGUCUGGUGACA